AUGACGUGGCUCACGGCACUCCGGGCCUCGCCUAUCUCUACCCUCAUCGUGGUGAGCGUGGCAGUAUUCACCGAUGCCCUGGUCUACGGCAUGGUGGUGCCCAUCUUCGUGCCCGAGGUGCUGGGCGUGUCCACGCUCCAGCUGGGCAUUCUGUUUGCUGGCUACGCGGGAGGUCUGUUGCUGUUCACGCCCAUCCUCGGCAUCCUCUCGGACAAGUUUGGACGGAAAUGGCCGAUGUUGGCCGGUUUCGUGGGGCUCAGCGGAGCCACGCUCAUGCUUGCCUUCAUCAAGUACAGCACUUGUACUCUCGUCAUCACCACCAACGUCAACGGCUAA